GAAGGAGAUUUCAUGCAUUUGAACACGAAUUCAGACUGGAUUUGGGAGUGGAGCUCAAGACCCGAUCAAGUUCCGCCAAAAGAUUGGAAAUUUAUCCACCCCAAGCGCAAAACGUACAGCAUCCGUCACGCCAAAGUUGGUAAAACUUCUUUGUUCUCAAAGGAAGUCCUUUACACAUUGGUUUUGACCAAUUUCCUAUCAUUGUUGAUUGGAACUGGUGUUGGAGUGUGGUUAUCACGUCGCGGAAUGUUUCUGACCCAAAUCACUUUGGACUAAGAUUUUCAUAAGAAUCUUUUUAUGGAGAAUAUUAGAGACUGCUCAAAGUGUUUCAUAGGAUUGCAAAGAGAAUGAGAAUUUAUUUCACACAGUUUGGACAAGGAUUUGUAUUGAGUAAUAUAACAGGAUUAAAAUGGUUAGAAUACUGAUGAUUUUAAAAUAAUUAUUUUUAGUUAUAU